AUGGCGGGGGCCCCAGCGUACUCGAUGGUGGUUGAUCCCCAACCCCAGAUUGGCGCGCAUCUAUCGCGAAACUCACACUUCAAAAUGACGGCAGGCGAUGUUGGAAUUCUCCGAUCAACAAUCCUGCCGUCCUUUGGCCUCUACUCGGGUUUAUCGGCCGCGACCUAUCUCGCCGCCCAGGCUACCGACCGUGCCGAGGGAAAAGACUGGCUCUGGCCAUCGGCCCAAGUGCUCAAUGCAUGGUUGACGGCGGUUGGUCGACCGAUGUAUGAACAUGGCCUCACAUUCUCCGACGCCAUCAAUACUCUUACUUGGUCGGAAAAGUUGCUUCUAGGUGGUGUGACGAUUUGGGGAACUCGGUUGUUUGCUCGCAUUGCGAGCCGCUCGCUGGUCCGUGGAAAAGACGACUCCCGAUAUGACACACCAAAGAAGGACCCCGGAUUCUGGAAAGGCGCUUUUUUCAAGAUGUUCCUGCCCGAGGCCGCAGUUUUGAGUAUCAUUGCUCUGCCGUACACCGUUCCGUUCGUGGCGAGUCAAACGACUCUCACCCUGGGCGCUGAUACACUGAAUGCCAUCCGCGCUCUGGGUGUGGGUCUUUUCAGCUCUGGCUUCGCACUCGAGGUCAUGGCCGACUCUCAGCUUGAGCGUCACCGGCAGGAGCGCAGUGAUCUGUGUCGCCAUGGUGUUUGGAGCAUUGUCCGCCAUCCCAACUAUUUGGGAGACUCAUUGGUGCAUCUGUCAUUUGUGGUGAUGAACAUCACCAACAACUUCAAUCCUCUGGUGCUUCUCGGACCUCUUACAAACUAUCUCUUCCUUCGCUUUGUUGGUGGUGACAAGCAGACGGAGCAGAGCCAAGAGGAGCGGUAUCGAGAGAAGGCCCCGGAAAAGUACGAGCAACUAUGUGACUGGCGCAAGGAAAAGAACAGCUUCUGGCCUUCGCUUCGGGAAAUCAAAAACCCUUGGGCUCUGGCAGUCAUUGGGUGUGGUUUCCUCGGUGUUGGUUUAGAGAAGGUUCUGCGUCAGUCUGUGGCGGUUUGA